UCAGCCACAUGAAAGCAGGAAACAAAACAGGAAUUUUAGUGUUCACCCUCCUUGGACUCUCUGAGGAUCCAGAACUGCAGCCCCUCAUCUUUGGACUGUUCCUCUCCAUGUACGUGGUUACUGUGCUUGGGAACUUGCUCAUCUUCCUAAUCAUCAGCUUUGACUCCCACCUCCAUACCCCCAUGUACUUCUUCCUUUCCAACCUGUCCUUGGUUGACAUCUGUUUCAGCACCACCAUAGUCCCCAAUAUGCUGGUGAGCAUCCAGACAGAGAACAAAGCCAUUUCCUACAUGAACUGCCUCACUCAGGUGUAUUUUUCCAUGUUUUUUCCUAUCCUGGACACCCUACUCCUGACCAUGAUGGCCUACGACCGGUAUGUGGCCAUCUGUCAGCCCCUGCACUACAUGGUCAUCAUGAACCCUCGUCUCUGUGGUUUGCUAGUUUUUAUUACUUGGUUCAUUGGUGUCAUGACAUCCCUCCUCCAUAUCUCUCUGAUGAUGCAUCUGAAUUUCUGUAGAGAUCUUGAAAUUCCACUUUUCUUCUGUGAGGUGACACAGAUCCUCAAGUUGGCCUGUUCUGAUACCUUCCUGAAUAGCAUACUGUUAUACUUUAUGACUGGUGUGCUGGGUGUGUUCCCCCUUUUGGGGAUCCUAUUGUCCUACUCAAGAAUUACCUCAUCCAUAAGGAAGAUGUCCUCAUUGCAGGGAAGGCAAAAAGCAUUUGCCACCUGUGGGUCUCAUCUCGCAGUUGUUUCUUUAUUUUAUGCAACAGGCAUUGGGGUCUACUUCAGUUCUUCGAUGAUUCACUCUUCCCAGAAAAUCUCAGUGGCCUCAGUGAUGUACACUGUGGUCACCCCUAUGCUGAACCCCUUCAUCUACAGCUUGAGAAACAAGGAUGUGAAGGGCGCCCUGGGAAGGCUUCUUAGCAGAGCAUUCUCUUGUCUGUGAUAAAUCCAUUGGUCCUGGGACUGAGAAGGUUUGUGAGUACCAGUGGCAAACACUUUUAUUCUGAAGUUCUUACACUUGAAUAUCUCAAAGGAUCUUAUUCUUUUAUCCAAUUCUUAAGGAUCUAUGAAUUUGCUCUCUCUCAGUUUUUUACACACAUUUAAACAACUAAUCUCUGAGCAAUUUCUUUGAUGACAUUUUUGUCCUAUUGGUUGUCCAAAUAUUAUGUCCUUGGUCUUAUUCCUUACCUUCACACUCGUGAGUUCUAAACUUAGAUUUAAGGCAUUUACUAUAUCUUUGUUAACUCAAAUGUUGGCCUAGAGAGUUUAAAGUGACUGUUCACUUUAUUUCUAUGUGUUUGAUUGUGAAUUGUG